GUAAUUUAUCUUGAUUCACAACUAAAAAAUAAAAUUGAGGUCUCAGUAGGCCGUAUAAAAUUUGUGACUUUUGUCAAAACUAGUUCAGACACCAAUCAAGAUAUAAGUGAUGAAAAGAGAAUAAGUGGUAGUGAAACAGAUAUUUCAAGUAAUACUGAUGAUAGUAAGGAUGGAAAAGCCAUAAAUGUUCAUAACAUUAAUAAUAUCUGA